UUUUUAAUAUUAUUUUUGGUGUGUUGUGUGAAAAAUGUGUUUGGUAAUAAUCAUCCGCCACGAUUUUUAAUUCAUGGUCAAACGGAAAUUGUGUUGAGAUUGAAAGAAGGAAAAGAAACCCCAGCAGGUAGCCUAAUAUUUCGACUACAAGGUACGGAUCCUGAUGGCGAUAAAUUAGAAUUUGGUGUACAAAAUACACCAGGUAGUGAUGUAAUUACAGUUAAAACCAUAUCAAAAACAGAUGCCAAUGUAUAUUUAGCCAAAGAAUUAGAUCGAGAAACUCGUGAUGAAUACUUAUUAGUUUUAACAUUAACCGAUGGACGUUUAGGCGAAGGCAAUUAUAUAACCCAAAGUUUGUUAAUAUUAGUAGAAGAUGUUAACGAUAAUGUACCAAUGUUUUUACCAUAUGCACCAACGAUUACAAUACGAGAAGAUGCUAAACCUGGUAUUAUUACCGCACUUGAAGCAAAAGAUUUGGAUGAAGGAGCUUAUGGACAAGUCUUAUACCAUUUACAGGAAUUAGAUGGAGAAGAUGAUAUAUUUGCUAUAUCGACUAUCAAUGGUCGUGGAGUCGUAAGAUUAGUUGGACAAUUGGAUUAUGAACGAAAAAUGCUUUAUCAGUUACGCGUCCUUGCUGUUGAUCGAGCUAAAGUCGGACGUAUAAAUACGGGUACUGCAGCGCUCUUAGUGCGCGUCGAGGAUGUCGAAGAUCAACCACCUGAGUUUAUAAGUGUAACUCCAGUAGCAAGAGUGUCUGAAGAUGCACAAAUCGGGACUUCGGUUUUGCAAGUAAGGGCUGUCGAUGGCGACCGUGGUGUUAAUAAUAAAAUUCGAUAUACGAUUAUCAACAACGAUGAAGAAAUCGCUGGGAAAAAACAAUUUAUUAUAGACCGAACAACAGGUGUGGUUUAUACAGAUCGUAUUUUAGAUCGCGAAGAUCCUACUAGUAAUGGAGGUGCAUACAUUUUAAAUAUAAUGGCAACUGAAGUUGGUGGAUCCAUAAACCCUGCACCACGAGCUGUGACUGAAGUAACGAUUAUUGUGACAGAUAUUAACGAUGAAACGCCAACAUUUCGAAGUCCACAUUACGAAUGCGAAAUUGAUGAAAAUGCCCAAAAUAAUACACCAUUAACAUUUUUAGGCAAUGUUGUACCAGAAGUUUUCGAUCAUGAUCAGGGAAAUAAUGGAACUUUUCAAAUGUAUUUACGUGACGAUAACGGAAUGUUUGAAGUUACACCAUCACGGGGAAUAAACGAAGCAUCGUUUUUGAUACGCGUUAAAAAUUCGACAGCAUUAGAUUAUGAAUCUAUAAAAGUAAAGAAUUUUACUUUAGGUGCAAGUGAAAUUGUGGAAAAUGAUGUGAAAAGUUCUGAAGUGCCUGUAACUGUACAUAUACGUGAUCGAAAUGAUAAUUUUCCAGAAUUCACAAAAAGCUUAUAUGAAGUGGCUGUACCAGAAAAUUGUCAAGCGGGUACAACUGUUGCCUGGGUUCAAGCAUUAGAUGUUGAUUCUGGUAAUUUUGGAACACGCGGUGUGCGGUAUACAAAUCUUGGAGGCAGUAUUGCUCAUUUAUUAUCCCUUCAUCCAGUUAGCGGAGUUAUUACAGUCAAAAUAGCUGGAGGUGCAAGUUGGGAUCGUGAAGUGAUAACACGCCAUUUUCUCACAGUAGAAGCUAGAGACAACCUGGGAAGUGGAAAUCGAAAUACAGCUCAAUUAAUUGUAAACAUCGAAGAUGUCAACGAUAAUGUGCCAGUUUUUAUUCAAAAUCGUUACGAAACAACUUUAUUAGAAAAUCACAUUAAUUUUGAAAGUCCCCUCAAAGUUGAGGCAAGAGAUUUGGAUUUAAAUGGAACGAAGAACAGUCAAGUCAUUUAUUCAAUAUCAGAAGGACUUUUAAUGGCAAAUUUUUCAAUAAAUAAACGUACUGGAAUCAUGCGACCAAAUCAUCCAAUCGAUUUCGAAAAAUUACCUGGACCAAAUAUCGGAAAUGUUCGUCCAUUACAUUUUAUGAUUCAAGGUCGUGAUAUGGGUACACCGAGUUUAUGGUCAGAAGUACCACUGAUUGUUUAUUUACAAGACGUGAACGAUCAUGCUCCACAGUUCGAAAAAAAUUUCUAUAAUCGAACAAUCCCUGAAGAUACACCGUCGGGCACAUCAGUUUUACAAGUGAAAGCUAUCGAUAAUGAUGGUUCAGCACCGAAUAAUGAAAUUGCGUAUCGAAUUCAAAAUGGUGCUGCAGAUAAAUUUGUUAUUGGUGCAACGAAUGGAGUUAUUUCGAUUGCAAAAGGUGCAUCUUUAGAUCCUGAUUUAACUGAACCUAAACGAACACAUUAUUCGUUAAAAGUGUUAGCUAUCGAUGGUGGAGUUGGUGAUUCGAAAAAACAAACUUCAGUUAUAGUGAAUAUUACGAUUAACGACGUCAACAAUAAACCACCAACAUUUAUCGAUCCUGGCAUUGUCGAAAUAAAAGAAAAUAUACCAGUUGGUACACAAAUUGCACAAUUAAAAGCAAACGAUUUAGAUACAGCAGCAAUUUUACGAUACAGUAUUGAUCCAGCAACAUCUGAAGCGAGAAAUGAAGAUGGAACUUUAAUUAAAAAUACCGAUAUGGAUUAUUUGUCGCUAUUAGAUUUAAAUCCAGUGGAUGGUAUACUAAAGGUGGCGAAAUUAAUUGAUCGCGAAAAAUUGGAAGUUAUUCGUUUGGGUGUUGUCGUAGAAGAUUUGGGUGCCAUCAUUAAACCUCAAAUUGCAACAGCGUUGUUAACCAUCGUAAUUCUGGAUGAAAAUGAUAACAAUCCAAAAUUCCAGAAACCAUUCUACAGAUGUUCGGUGACUGAAAAUAGUAAAAAUGGUGUCAACAUUUGUUCGGUUAUUGCAAAUGAUGCUGAUAAAAAUCGAACAAUUACGUAUUCGUUAGAGGGCUCAUCAGUAUUAAGGCAGUUGAUUCACUUGGAUUCGAAUAAUGGGGAUUUGGUUGUGGCGAAUAAAAUUGAUCAUGAACAACAUCCAUGGCUCAAUCUUUCGGUCCGAGCAAUCGAUUCUGGAAUUCCACCAAGAUCCAGUUUAACAGAACUCUUUAUUCAAGUUUUGGAUGAAAAUGACAAUAAUCCAUAUUUUGUUAGUAACACAACAAAUUUAAGCGUACACGAAGAUGCUCCCGUAGGAUAUGAAAUCACAGUUUUAGAAGCAAAAGAUGCGGAUUCUGGUGAUUAUGGAAAAAUUACAUAUUUAUUGGAUCAUGUUGCAUCACAGGGAAAAUUUAGUUUGGAUCCUGUAACAGGAUCUUUAAGAGUAGCCGAUAGUUUAGAUCGAGAAACAGUUGGUUCGUAUGUACUUGUGGCCGAAGCAUGGGACAAUUAUCAAUUUGGAUAUACAAGUGGUGAAAGUCGAAAUGUUUUUAAACAAAUUCCAAUCACAAUCUUGGAUGUAAAUGAUAAUCCACCAAAGUUGAAAUUCCCUAAAGAUUGCGCAAGUGUUACGGAGUUUCAUGAUCCAGGUUCUUCGAUAGUCAUGAUUAAAGCAUCGGAUGAGGAUGAUAAUUUUACUCCUAAUGGACGUACGGAAAUGGAAAUUAUUGAAGGAAAUGAUCAUGAAUUAUUUAUUUUGGAACAAACUGAUUACUGGACUGCGCAUCUGAUAGCAGCAAAAUCGUUGCAAGCUCGUCAUGGAAAUUAUACAUUAACAAUUAAGGCUCGUGAUCUUGGAUCACCACCAAAUACGGUGCAUGAAAAACUAAAUGUUUGCGUAACAGAUUUCAAUGAUCAUGCUCCAUUAUUUAAGAGUCCAUCUCAAAAUAGUACUUUAAAAAUUCCAGAGAAUACAACGAUUGGAAGCGCUUUAAUUCAAGUUCACGCAGAAGAUGAAGAUAUUGGAAUGAAUGGAGCCGUACGCUAUAGGCUGAAAGCAGAUCCAGCUGGGCAUUAUCGUACUUUUGGAAUUAAUUCUGAAACUGGUGUUUUGGAAUUAAGGAGAAUUUUGAAUCGAGAUUUACAAAAAAUUUACGAUAUUCGUAUUGAAGCUUAUGAUUUGGGAGUACCAACCGCAUUAAGUUCAGACUUGGAUUUAACAAUUUACGUCAGCAAUGUCAAUGAAUACGAACCACAGUUUGCAAUGGACGAUUUCUUUGUUAAUUUUACAGAAAACGAACCAGCAGGAAAAGAAACAAGAAAACUUCCGGACACUGUCGAUCGUGAUGAAUUGGAUAUAUUAGACGGUUCACAAUUACCAGUUUGUUAUUUUAUUGUUGGCGGAAAUGAACUUGGUCUAUUUCGUGUACAUCCUUUUGAUCAUGAAUUAACUGUAACUACACCGUUAGAUCGAGAAGUCCAAGAAUCUCAUUUAUUAUUAAUCAAAGCAUCAGAAGAUUGUGUUCACUUACCAGCAAAUCAAAGUUUUUUUGAAGAGUCUGAUGACACAUUGUUGAAAGUGACAGUAUUCGUGGAUGAUAUCAAUGAUAAUGCUCCAAAAUUUAUUAAUCGUGUAUUUACGGGUGGUGUUACAACGGCUGCUGAUUUUGGAACACAAUUUAUGCAUGUUAAGGCUAUUGAUGCUGAUUAUGGGGUAAAUGCUGAAAUUUCAUAUUAUCUAAUUGGACGUAUUCAGAUGACGUUAACAGAAGGUUUAGAUAAUUUACAAAAACCGCCGUUUUUAGUUGAAAAGGACACGGGAGUUAUAUCAUUGAAUUUUGAUCCACAACAAGGAAUGAAAGGGUAUUUUGAUUUUAUGGUUUUGGCAAACGAUACUGGUGGACUCCAAGAUAUGGCAAGAGUUUUUAUAUAUUUAUUACGUGAAGAUCAACGUGUUCGGUUUGUUUUACGACAACAUCCAACUGAAAUUCGACAUCGAAUUGAAUUCUUUCGACAAAUUCUUGGUAAUGUGACUGGCGCAAUUGUAAAUGUCGAUGAAUUCAAAAUUCACGCAAAUCAAGACGGUUCCGUGGAUAAAACAAGAACUGAUCUUUAUUUACAUUUAGUUAAUAAGAAAGAUCAUUCAAUUUUAGAAGUGUCAGAAGUCUUACGUCUAGUCGAUCAAAAUAUUGAAAAGUUGGAUGGUUUAUUUAAGGAUUUCAAUGUACUCGAUACACAACCUGCAACUGUUCAAGCUGCAUUAAUGCCAUUCCAAGAAGCGAAAACAGCAUUAUGGCUUGGUGCUAGCACAAUAUUUUUAGGUGUUUUAUUAUUAGUAUGUUUAGCUUUAUGUUUUACACAACGACAAACAUAUCAACGAAAAUUAAAGGCUGCUACAGCAACUGCUUAUGCGUCAACAUUUAUUAUAGGUCCAGAGUCUGAUUUGGCUAUACGAAGCCUUGGAGGUAGAGUCCCAAACACAAAUAAGCAUAGCGUAGAAGGUAGUAAUCCGAUUUGGUUACAAGCGUAUACAAAUGAAUGGUAUAAACAAGCUGAUGAGUAUAAUAGUCAAACCUCUGAACGUGAUUCAUUAGAUGAAAAUGUUAUUACAAGUGCCGGGGACACGCCACCAUGUGCAAUGUUACAUAAUGAUUUGGAUAGGCCCCAAAAUGUUUACCAAACGUUACCGAAUAUGUAUACUCCAAAGAAAUUAGAAACUACAGAAUUAUAAAUUUAUGAAAAGCGAAAAAUUUCUAGGCCAAAAAGCAACAUAGGUUUUAUAUUAAAUAUAAUCUUUUUGAGUGAAUGGUUGUCUGGAGACGUUCUUUCUGAGUGUGUUCCAAGAAGACAGCGAAAAUUUGCAGGAUAAAUAUAGUUUUCUUUUUCUAAUAUGAAAAUUUGAAGGGACAAGCUAAGACUGGGUACGUGUUCGAACUGAACCAAAACUCGUCCUCCAACGAACAUACCUUGUCUAAUUCUACCAUGGUGUAACCAAUGCUGGCUAGGCAUUUCCAACAUGGAGGAUUGAAUGACUUAUUUUUAUCUAUCCUGAAAUUUGCAUUCUUUAAUAAGUAAGUCCUCACUUCCAAAAUAGUCAACGAUGAAAAUUUCGUCUAGAAAUCGCUCUUUAUAUGUUUAUUUAUUAAUAUUAAUAAUAAUUUGAUAGAA